AUGAAGUCCCCUUACUUCAAAAGGCUGGAGCCGUUGUCCCAGGCAUAUCAGGUGCUUGAUGACGCUGUAAGUCUACCAUGGACUGAGGUCAAAACUCAAGAGGAGACAAUGUGUGGGCAACUUGGACAAUUUUCAUUUGUACAAAAGAUCAAGAUUCAUGGCGAUCAUCAUAAUUUAGGAAACCGAAACGAUCAUUUCGCCCUGAAGAUCCUAGAUACGGAAAAGAGGCCCUAUGCUGCUAAAACUUCUUUCGAGAGGGAGUUGGAUGCGAACCAGAGAACUACGCACCCUCGAAUUACCCCCCUCCUAACCGCUUUUGAGCACAGAAACAGAUUGUACCUCAUAUUCCCAUGGGCCAGCGGGGGGAACCUCAAGCAAUUGUGGGAGGGAAGCACAGACCGCGGAUUUGCAGAUCACGAUUGGUUUUCGUUUGAUUGGAUGGUAGACCAAUGCUAUGGUAUCGCUGACGCUUUGUCCACAUUUCAUGAAGGGAACUCCGAACACAGCCGCCGCGCCUUCAUACACCAAGAUAUUAAACCAGAAAACAUAUUAUGCUUCGCGACUUCCAAAGAUGGGAAGAGUUCUUACACGCUGAAAUUGGCGGACUUUGGCUUUUCCGGAGAAGUUGAUAGAAACUUCCAAAUCAAGAAGGGCAGAGUGCCACACACCAAAACCUAUCGGCCACCCGAGCAAGACCUUGAGGGACAUUAUAUAGACCUCAAGUGGGAUGUAUGGUGUUUAGGAUGCCUAUAUCUCGAAUUUAUCACAUGCGCAGUCCUAGGCUGGCCGCAUAUUAAGACGUUUCAAGAGGAGCGCUCUCAAGAGACAUACGACAAGGUCCAUCAAACCCGCAUACAGGAAGACAUAUUCUUCGAGAAACGAGAUGUAAACUGGAUGUUCUCGUGGUUCGGAAAGCAGGGGGGUAAAACUAGCGCCAGAGUCAAGCCUACAGUCACCUCACACAUAAAACGCUUACGAAGCCAGGAGAAAUCUACUGCCACUGUGAAGUCUUUUCUUGAUUUUAUUGAGAAUAAUAUGUUGGUCGUGGACACCAGGAAACGGGCUUCGUCAGAUGAUGUUCGUGAAUUUUUGGGAGGAUUGAAGCUGAGUGGGGGGUAUGAAACUGUAACCCAACAGAUGCCAGUGAAGCCCGGGCUGGUGCCAUGGCUGAUGUCACUUUUGAGAAGGUUAUGGUGGAGUGGGGGAGACCAAGGAGGAGUUUACGUGCCAUACAUGUAA